GCUGUCGCGGCGCUGACGCGGCGCGGGGCGGGCGCUGUGGCGCUGUCCCCGCUGUCCCCGCGGGGCCCGGCCGGACAUGGCCCCGCGCGGCCGCCCCGCCGCCGCCGCCAUGCCCCGCAGGGGCGCCCGAAAACGCCUCAAGUUCCGCGCCGACGACGUCUGCUCCGAGCGGGUGACGGUGGCAGAUUAUGCCAACUCAGACCCAGCUGUUGUGAAGUCUGGUCGGGUGAAGAAAGCUGUGGCCAAUGCAGUGCAGCAGGAAGUAAAAUCCCUGUGUGGCUUGGAAGCUUCCUGUGUCCCUACUGAGGAAGUUCUCUCCGUGUCAGGAGAGUCCUGUGACAGCAGUGAUGAGAUGGAUACCAAGGAGAGCAUCAAUGGGAGGGCUGCCUCGAGGAAAAAGAAGAGCAAAAGGCACAAAGAAGACGCUGAAGGGGGAGGAGGAGAGGAAUAUCCCAUCGACAUCUGGCUGCUCCUGGCUUCCUACAUCCGCCCUGAGGACAUCGUGCGGUUCUCUCUCAUCUGCAAGAAAGCCUGGACUGUCACUUGCACUGCUGCCUUUUGGACCAGGCUCUACAGAAGGCACUACAGCCUGGACGCGUACCUGCCGCUGCGCCUGCGCCCCGAGUCCAUGGAGAAGCUGCACUGCCUGCGCGCCUGCGUCAUCCGCUCCCUGUUCCACAUGUACGAGCCCUUCGCCGCGCGCCUCUCCAGGAACCCCGCCAUCCCCGACUCUACUCCCAGCACUUUAAAGAAUUCCAGAUGUCUGCUUUUCUGGUGCAAAAAGAUUGUAGGGAACAGACAAGAAGCAAUGUGGGAAUUCAACUUCAAGUUCAAAAAGCAGUCUCCCAGAUUUAAGAGCAAGUGUUGCAAAGGUCUCCAGCCCCCAAUCCAGUAUGAGGAAGUGCACACAAACCCUGAUCAGGAUUGCUGCCUGCUGCAGAUCACCACCUUCAACUUCAUCUUCGUGCCAAUUGUCAUGGGCAUGACCUUCACUUUGUUCUCCAUCUCGGUGAGCACGGACAUGCGGCACCACCGCGUGCGCCUGAUGUUCCAGGACACGCCCGUGCGCAACGGGAAGAAGCCGCGCCUGGAGCAGGGGGUGCAGGUGGUGCUGGACCCUGUGCACAGUGUCAGGCUCCUGGAUUGGUGGCACCCACAGUACCCCUUCUCCCCAAAGGCUUAGUGCUCUCCUGAGGCUGCAGGAGCCUGAAUCUGGCAGGCUGAAGAGAAUUUCUAGGAACCAGGAAAUCUUGUUUUUAUUUCUGAAAUAAAUUCUGCAGUCUCCUUGCAA